GGGCAGGGCAGGACUGAUGUUGGGGCGGUCCAUGUUGCUAUAUCAAGGCAUAUAAAGAUUUAGUAGUCCUGUGCAGAUCGUGGUUAAAAAACAUACAAAGACACACGGAGAUUACCAACACCUUGUCAGAUGGCAAACACCAAUAGCGGCGAUUGCGAGAUGGCAAAAGAACAGGACGAAAUGCUCCUGCUAUUGAUGCAGCACUGCCGGGAGAUGAAGCGACAGGAGUCCCGCUCCCGAUGGGCAACGGGAGUCGUGCUGCUAACUUUCCUUGCUGCUCUCAUUUGGCUAGGGUUCUCGAUUCACGCAAGCAAGGAUGCACACAUUCAGGAGCAAGUGGCAGACAUCGGCGUACAGCCGCUUGCCAGUCGACCGCCUGGAGACUCCGUACAUCUGCAGAUCUCAGGCAGACAGCAUGGUGCUAUACUUGUCAAGCAGAAUGAUUCUUAUAUUAUCCAGUGGAAACCCGACUCUUCCAACAAAAACUAUUUGACUGACAACAACACAUCACUUAUUAUCCCCCAAAACAGCCAGUACUUUGUCAAUCUGAGAGUGUAUUAUCGUAUACCUGAUGGUCACUGUAAGGGGAAACAGCUUUUACUUUUGAGUAUUAGCAUUAUGCUGUACCAUUCUAACUACCCCCAAUGGAGGAAUGUAAUAGAAAGCAAAGAGACAAUGCAUUGUGAAAACAAUUGGUACCAGUCUGUUGAUCUGCACAGAGUGGUAGAUCUAGAAGCAAAGACUGAGAUUAAAGUUAAAACAGACUCAGAGAAUUAUAAUCUUAUCAGCAUACAAACCUACUUUGGUGUCACUCGUCUGUAGUAUGGUAGCUAGUUUAAGUUUUGCUGCACAUUGGUAUUAAUGGGUAUUAGUUAACGGGUUGGGUUAAGCAGUUAUGCUGGCAUUUCAGUGUUUAUAUUUAUUGAAUGAACUGUUAUAAAAUAUUUAUUAACAAAUUAUGCUAGCUUUGCAAUAAUCUGCAAAUCACCAAGAGUGAAAACAGAGUAGUAAUAUUUAAUAUUAGCCUUAUGAUUUAUUUGAAUGACACUUUACAUUUAUUUCUUGCUCGUUUGUUCUGGUAGAUGUUCUUCUGAACUACACUGUACAAACUGUUAUUAAAUAACACAAUUGCAUGCAUACUAAGUAUCCAUAAGGAAUUCACAUGUUGAAUAUAGUUUAAAAAAAGAAGUAGAAAAGAAGGGGGGUUCUGAGCCUUUAACUGUGGUAGAUUAAACGGGUUUCACAAUGUUGCCAGCAGGUUUAUAAAGAUGUUUUAUGUUAAAACUUACUUUUAUGCUGACAUUCCAUUACAAUUAAAUGUGUUGGAAUAAUUAAACUGCUUUUUGAAAUAAU